CCGCCCAAGAUCCUUGCUCUUCUGAAAGAGAAUAAAAGGCGGGCCGUCAGCGUCUCAUCGCCAGCGAACUUCAGCACCAUGAAGCUCUUCCUCCUCUCCGCCAGCGCCCUCCUGCUCUCCGCCGUCUGCGCCUCGCCGAUCCCCGACGAGGCUGGCAAGCACCACCAUCCCCACACGACCAUCCCCAUCUGCGUCAACCCCGGCGGCCCCAUCAUCAACAAAUCCACGGUGACCGUGCCUGGCGGCGUGUCGAGCGGCACCGUGCAGGUGACGCAGUCCGUCCCCGGCGCGCGGCGCCAGUACGCACCCGCGCCGUCGCCGAGCAUCAGCCUGUGCAUCAACCCCGGCGGGCCGAUCAAGACGGCGUAA